CGAUCCGGUGCUGGAUAAGGGUUUGAGGUGCAGCGCAACCUACAGCUGUCUUGCAAACCUGUUGGGAAAGACCGAAUAUCAGCUUAAUAUUGAGUACCAGGAGGGUAAUCGGAUUGAAAAGAUGGUCUCUGGUGCGACAAAUGACAACUGCUGGGCGCUCACGGAUGGUAUCGAUGACAAAGAGGUGGAGUCUGAAUUUUUUAUGGAAACGUGAAGAAGCAAGAAUCGUGAAGGAGAGGGUGGAGCGCCAGAAGGAGAUCCAAGACAAGGCGAAGGCGCUUGUGCGGAUGCUGGAAGACAAGGAUACCAAUGCCCACACGAACGAAACGGCCUCCGACGAUCACACCGCUCACCCCGACCACAGUGUCCCGCCGGUGGAAUCGGCCGAAAUGAGUGAUGACGGUGACGAUGUGCUUGUGUUUUCGGAUUCGUCCGAAAUGAGUGAUGACGGUGACGAUGUGGUUGCGUCUACGGAAUCGGAGAACAUCACGGGCCCGCUGCAGCAUACCCCAGGCAACGGAUCGACUCCCGAGCAGCAACAGCUUACCACCCCCGAAGAGGCGCUGGUCUCUGCGGCCGUGGGGCCUUCCGCCGCAAAGCUCCUCGGAGGGAUUGAGUCGAUCAAGAAGUUGAGCGCUGCAAACGCAGAGUACAUCACCGAGCGCAGUGUGCUCAUGGCCGACUCAAUCAAGUCCCUGAAACGUGAUGCGACAGAACAUUGUACACAGAACCAAGCCGUUCUAGCUGCGCUUGAGGGAUUGGAUGCUGUACCACAGGAGCGCUAUAAGGAUGCCGAACGGGAGCGAGAAGUGGAAUGGGCAAGCGCAGUGUCUAAACUACAAACGAGGAAUGAUCGCCUAGCAGAGGAAUUGAAUAAUGCCAAUACACGAGCCUCGGCCGUACAGGCUCAAGCUUUAGCUCGCCAGGCCACACUCGAAGCUGAGUUGAUAUCAUGGCAACGUUAUUUCGAGAUGCGUUCUCUCAGAUUCGACAUCUCCCGUACCGAACGAGCACACGGUGCUUCUGCCGUUGACGCCAUUCAAAAAGCGCCGUGGCCUGGAACCGAGGCUGUUCCAAGUUCCACGAGCUCUGUGGUUGACGGGGCGCACACACCCUCGACUGUGACGACAGAUUUGUCGACAAUAUAUACGCACAUGGAAGUUCUGAUUUGACUCUUCGUCUCGCGGUGUCUCUUGCUAUAUUCAUAUGUACCUUCAUUCCUAUCCUCCACAGUCUUCUAGUUUCUAGGUAUUCGUUUCUGGGUAUACUUGGAUAUACCUAUCACAACAGCUCGUCUUAUUUAUUCGAAAGUUUCCUACAAUGCGUCCUUUCUUCGCAUGUCUUGGUUUAUGCUUUUCAUUAUUGGAUCUUCUCUAGGUUCGUCGACGGUCGUUGGUCGGUCUGUUUGGGUGCUGUAUCUACGUUUUGAUUAUUUUUAGCAAUCAGGUCUACAUACUUUAGGCAACCUUUUUAUGCAUCGUAUUUACUCGAGAAUCAUGCAUCACACGCGUGGAAAUUGAUUGUGCA